UGGAUAUGUUUGUCACUAUUUCUUUCUUGGGGAAGUGAAAAGUUUCACUUUCUCUAUGUGUCUUCAUAGGUGUUCCUCAGACUGACGAUAUGAAGGGAAAAAUACUUCUGGUCCUUUUGUUAUUCUGGCCAGGUGUGUGCCCACUGAGUUUCCAGGAAGUACAUGUCAAGUCAGGUGAGAUGGCGGUACUGCAGUGCCCUUCUUACAGAGAGUACAGUGAUGGAGAUGCUGAGGUGUUCUGGACCAGUCACACCGUGGAUGAAAUGAAACUCUUCAACAUGUCAACAUCAGCUGAGCAGAGGCAGAUGGGUGUGCUGGUUCAUGGAAGAAUCCUUGUCAUUCUCAGAGCUUCAGUAAACCAUCAGGGGAAUUACUCCUGCUCUUUUCGUAAUUCCAGCAGGCGUUCCUGGAUCAACCUCAGAGUAUACACAGUGGAGUCCAAAGAGUCUGGAAAAAUGAUCCAGGACUCUAAAACAUGUUACACAGAUAAGUCCUGCACUUUAUAUUGCCAUGAUGAAAAUAUUCUCUUUGAUACCUGGAAUAUCACCAGAAACAGCACUACAUGUCACAAGGAGGGCGAGCCAUCUCCAAAAGACGGCUACUUCUCGAGUGUGAAAAAAGAGGACAGUGGCAUCUAUACCUGCACCUGGUCUUACCUGUAUGAUGGUCAAAUAUAUAACAUGACCUCUAUGGUGAAACUUGAUGUCCAACCAAGCGAAAUAACUAAGAAAGCAGUGAUAAUUUCACCAGAGAACAGCCAAGAAUUUGAUGUAGAUUUAGAUUCAACAGUGGUGAUUGAUUGUAAAGCAGUAACGUCUUCGGACACUGAUGACUUGUUCUGGUUAAGCGGCGAUUCAUUUGUGGAGACAAAUAGCACUCUGCCCGUUUUCUAUAAUUAUACAUGGGUCAACAGCACAGAGGAAAUCAGCAUGACAGCAUCUCUAGUCUUCAGACAAGUGUCAGAGGAGGAUCUGUCAAAAAAUUAUACCUGUAAACUGCAAUCUGACUAUGAAACAAGCUUUGUCACCAUCACCCUAAAACAAAACGAAACUUUUAUACCACCAAUGAUCAUUUCACCAAAGAAAAACCAAGAAUUUGAUGUAGAUUUAGAUUCAACAGUGGUGAUUGAUUGUAAAGCAGUAACGUCUUCGGACACUGAUGACUUGUUCUGGUUAAGCGGCGAUUCAUUUGUGGAGACAAAUAGCACUCUGCCCGUUUUCUAUAAUUAUACAUGGGUCAACAGCACAGAGGAAAUCAGCAUGACAGCAUCUCUAGUCUUCAGACAAGUGUCAGAGGAGGAUCUGUCAAACAAUUAUACCUGUAAACUGCAAUCUGACUAUGAAACAAGCUUUGUCACCAUCACCCUAAAGCAAAACGAACCGUUUAUACCGCCAGUGAUCAUUUUACCAAAGAACAAACAAGAAUUUGAGGUAGAUUUAGACUCUACAGUGGUGAUUGAUUGUAAAGCAGUCACGUCUUCAGACAUUGAUGACUUGUUCUGGUUAAGCGGCGAUUCAUUUGUGGAGACAAAUAGCACUCUGCCCGUUUUCUAUAAUUAUACAUGGGUCAACAGCACAGAGGAAAUCAACAUGACAGCAUCUCUAGUCUUCAGACAAGUGUCAGAGGAGGAUCUGUCAAACAAUUAUACCUGUAAACUGCAAUCUGACUACCAAACAAGCUUUGUCACCAUCACCCUAAAGCAAAAAGCUGUUUCACAUCUCGCCAUGGGUUUAUGCAUUUUUCUCGCUGUGUUGGUGGUAUUACCAGUAGCUAUUUAUACUAUGUUUAACAUCAUUCUUUGGCUGCAAAAAAAUCUUGGCUUCUACCACAGAGCCCCAGACAGGGAAACUGCAUCGUUUGAAGACUCGCUUCUAAACAGAAACAGCAGGAGGCCUUGAGUACAGGUUCAUCACCAGGGACUUACAGCUCUGCGAGGUUGUGUCACCUGAAAUGGCUCCAUGUUGCACUCCUCCUCCUUCUGAAAGAAGCUUCGUCAUUACCUGCCCGUCCCACAGAGAGCACCCAGAGAUUUAAUAUGAGUAUACAGGUAGAGGUACAUUCAGAGUUUAUUUUAGACACCUGAACAUUGCCAGGUGCCAGGCAUCCGCCUAGCAACAAAAAAAAAUUAAACAUAUGUCUCUCUUUGUGAUAUAUGGGCCUGUACCAGCUCAUAUAAUGUUUAU